AUGAAUCGUCGUGGGUCCAUCUGCCAGAAUGCAUUGAAAGAAGCCAUCGAAUCCAACAAUGCCGCCACCCUUGAAUUGCUAUUUCAGCAGAAAAUUGAUCCGAACGUUACUCUGUGCGAUGAUGGUGAGCUUCCCCUUAUCAAGGCCGCCAUGUGUGGUUCCGAUAGGGCAAUGCACGUCAUCCUCAACCAUGGUGCAUCAGUUACUGCCACUGAUACAUGGGGUAACACGGCCCUCCAUUGGGCGGCAGUUGCAGGCAACAUGAAUUGUGUGUACCUACUUCUGCAGCACGGAAUCUUCAAGGAUACCUUCAACCGCCUAAGAAAAACGCCCCUAAUGCAGGCCGUUUCCUACGAACACAUUGAUGUUGUGAGAUAUCUCAUCGUGCAAGGUGCUUCCACGACGCCCGAGCUGAAUGAUUAUGACGAGUCAGCCCUCACUCUCGCAUCUUAUGCGGGCAAUGUUGCAAUAGUGGAGCUCAUUUUAACUGUGAAGGUUCCGAAGAAGUUUCGAAAGAGACAGCUGUACGCUUCCCUUACACAGGCCGUAUUGGGCGAGCAUAUGGCGGUGGCACAAAUCUUGUUGACUCGUGGGGCGCCUGUCAAUUUGCCCAGCACCUCGAUUGAAAACCCACUUUUUGCAGCCAUUCGUCGUGGCAAUGCAUCAAUCAUUCGCCUUCUUCUUUCCCAAGGAGCAAAUGUUAAGUACGUGGAUCAGCAUGGCUACACACCACUCAUGGAGGCUACGAGAAGACGAAAUGUGGAUGCCAUCAGAGCUCUCCUAACAGCAGGCGCAGACAUAAAUGCGGUGAAUAUGCUAACUCGCGAGACUGCCUUUUUUCUGGCCGAAGAACGGGGUUACGCUGAAAUCUCUGAGAUUCUACUCGAAGCUGUCGCUAAAAGAGCCACAUAA